AGCUGAAAUUACAGUAACGGACAAAUCACAAGUUAGAUAACACCGACUUUGAGAUAAAAGAGCAAUGCCACUGCCAGUAUCUCCAGGUCUUCGAUUCCUCUCACUCUUCCGCCACUCCCUCUCCCACAAUCCAACCCUCUCCUUCCCCUAUCUCACUUUACUCCGCCGCUCCAUGGCUACCGACUCCGUUAGCCCAUCCAACACCCGCGUCGGCUGGAUCGGCACCGGCGUCAUGGGUCGCUCCAUGUGCUCCCACCUCAUCCAAGCCGGUUACUCCCUGACAGUCUUCAACCGCACCCUCUCCAAAGCCCAAUCCCUCCUCGAAAUGGGUGCCCGUUUGGCUCAGUCUCCCCUCGCCGUCGCCUCCCAAUCCGACGUCGUUUUCUCCAUCGUUGGCUACCCCUCCGACGUACGCUCCGUCUUAUUAGACCCCACCUCCGGCGCCCUUGCCGGCCUGCGCCACGGCGGUGUCCUCGUCGACAUGACCACCUCCGAGACCUCCCUUGCCGCCGAGAUCUACGCCGCAGCAUCCGCCAAGAACUGCGCCGCGAUAGACGCCCCGGUAUCCGGUGGCGACCGCGGCGCCAAGAACGGAACCCUUGCGAUCUUCGCCGGUGGGGACGAGUCGGUGGUCAACCGUCUGAACCCACUGUUUUCCCUUCUAGGAAAAGUUAAUUACAUGGGUGCCCCCGGAAAAGGGCAAUUCGCGAAGCUAGCGAACCAAAUCACAGUCGCCUCGACCAUGGUGGGGUUGGUGGAGGGGAUAGUGUUCGCUCACAAGGCAGGGCUCGACGUGGGUCUGUUCCUAGACGCGAUAUCGACCGGUGCGGCAGGGUCCAAGUCCCUGGACGUGCACGGGAAUAGGAUUUUGAAGAGGGACUUCGAGCCGGGGUUUUAUGUGAACCACUUCGUGAAGGACUUGGGAAUUUGUUUGAAGGAGUGUCAGAACAUGGGCCUGGCUUUGCCGGGGUUGGCUUUGGCUCAGCAGCUCUAUCUCUCGCUCAAGGCUCAUGGGGAGGGCAACUUGGGAACCCAAGCUCUUAUCUUGACUCUGGAGCGGCUCAAUAAUGUUUCUCUUCAACCUGCGGCGACUCCUCCGUCAUAGACUGCGGCUGCCUCAUCUUGGUCUGAAUGCUGCGCGUUAUCCAAUUGCCAAGUACAUGUGUCAAUUGGACCCUACAGUCUAAGUGGUAAUUCAUGAACAAUGAGAUUGAAUUGGAUGUUUGAAAACUUGGAGGAUCGUUAUAGUUUCAUAAAGGUGUUCACAAGCUGCUCUUUAGUGGAGGAACUGCAAUGCAAGGUUGCCUGAGGAGACAAGAUCACAAACAAGGUGGACAUUUAUUUUAAUAUGCUUAGCCCAAGCGUGGAAGAUUGGGGUUAGUAAUAUAUCUACAAUGGGACCUAUUUAUUGUCGAUGGUGUCAGCACUUGCUUGGUAAUCAAUUUUUGUGCUGACCAAGAGAUCGUGCAUUGCUUCCUGGACUUCAAGAAGAUGAGGUUGCAGCGAAAGAAGAUGCAAUUUCCACCGGUGGAAGAAUGGUAGUCAUAAGGGCACUUGGCUCAGCCUGGGUCGAAGUAAGCCUUGAGAGUUGGUGCGGAGGAGCGUAGAGGAAGCAAACCAUGAUGAGCAGUGUGGCGCAAAUAAUGCAAGAUGCAUUUGAUGGCACUCCGGUGCAGUGCUGUUAGCUGGUGCAUGAAUUGGCACACCUUGCUGACCAUGGCAAAGGUGAGGUCUGGAUGAGUGAUGAACAAGUAUUGGAGUGACCUGACAACACUUUGACUCGUUGUUGGGCAGAGAAUGCAUCAUUAGUGAACUACGUGAGAGAGGCGCUGGAGCUCAUCAAAGAGAAAACAGGCUUUGCAUGCUGCAUAUUUGUCUAGACAAGGAGAUCAACAGUGAAACAUGGAAGCUCGAUUGCUCAAAGAUCUGUUCACCAAGGAAGAAGCAUUGGAUUUGGCGUAGGAGAUUGCAAAGCAGCAUUGAAGCUUAUGAGGAAACUGAAUGGAAGCUUCAAGAGGCUUAGAGCUCGAUCGCUCACAGAUCUGUUCGCCAAAGCGGUUGCCAUUUAUGGAGUUCGGCUGUGUCUCUCUUCUCGGUGAAAAACGUUCAGCUUUCAUGCUCUUUGAGCAAUUGUGAAGUGAGGGUUUCAUGCCCUGUAAGGUAGGAAAACUCUGUUGAAAGGUGAAUUCGUGGUGGGUUUGAGGGUCAGAGUCCAGACAAAAGGAGAGAGUUGGUUUUAGCGGGUUCGACCCACAAGAUACUUCAACCCGUUUUUUAUGGUCUGGUCAGGUCGGGUCAUACAGAUGGGCCGGGUCAUAGCAUUUUCUGCACAGGCCUAUGUAUAUCGGAAGCUUGUGUGUAUAUUUAUAUUGAUGAGCAGUUCCUAGAGAUUGUAGUUUAUCCAAGUUAUAUUGAUACAUACUUAAAAUUGAACUUAAACCAGUGAUUUGCUGA